AAUCGAGAACCUCAAUUCCCUCGGAAAAUAGAGUUUACCGGGAUAAUAGUACUUAUAAAACUAUCUGAAAAAUUGAAUUUCCAACCUACCGGGAAUUUCCCCUGUGUAUUUUCCUGUACGUCACGAAAUAUACUGCAACUUUCCUAAACUCUCCGGUUUAUGAAAAUGGAGCGGUAAUCCUCCCCAAAGUUGACAGAGCCCAGCUUUAGUCUUUUGUAGUCUUACGCAUGUUCAUGACACAUAGUGACAGUUUGUAAAGGUUGCUUAUGCCUCUGAUUUUCUCUGAUUCUGGCAUCUUUAUUGUGAUUUUGGGGUUGUAAAUAAAAUUAUUUUUUAAAGCAGAGCUCGAUGUAGAAGCAGGGCUCGAUGGAGAAGCCUGUACGGAAAGUGUGUCCACCUCCAGAGGAUUUAAGUGUCAUUUUGAAUGAUCUUCGAUGUGAAAAAUGUAGCCUUCAUUUCAGAAACUUGGCUCGCUAUCGUAUGCAUAAUUUAAAAGUUCACGAAAAAAAGGAUUUAACUAAAAUAGAUGCUGAAGAUAAGGAGGUUAUUCACUACCACUGCCCAGUUAAAACCUGCAUGUAUGCAAUUACUUGUGAAAGGUUCUUCACCAAGCAGAGGUACCUCAAGCAGCAUUACUUGAAGAUUCACGCAGAAAAAAAAUUCCCUUGCACUAAAUGUUCCAAAAGGUUUUCCACCGAAGCAGCAAAAGAUGCUCACAUAAAGGUUUGUGGUAUCGAUUUUAAGUGUAAAGUUUGCGCAAAAUCCUACACCACCUACGAAGCACUUUUGACUCACGCCAAACGCAAUUCGCACGAAGUGGACAAAAAGUUUAAAAAGAAUUCCAGGCAACCAAAAUUAAAGAAAAAAGUAGGCAUCAAUCCAGUUCAUAUUCCGAUAAUUCCAAAACUGAGAAGAAUAACUUCUGUAUCACCAAAUGCGCCAUCUUUAGAAUCUGAAGAUAAAGAAAAAGAAAAGGAAAAACCUAAAAAGAAAGCCGUUAUAAUUUCAAUUCAAAUACUACCAAGGUUCACACAUAACGUUGCUGUGCAAACCCAGGAAAGAAAUAAGUCUAAAAUCACAGAGGGUUCUUCGCAGAAUGCUAAAGUGAAAAGCGAAACGACUCAGGAGACACAAACGAAUGAAGUGCAAAAGAAAAAUACCCUGCAAACUUCGAAAGAAACGCAGACUUUCAAUGCAAUUAAAAAGAUAAUCAAGGUCACUCCUAGCGUCAAAAAGCACAGGAUGGUUGAAAAUCUGAAGAUUAAAUCAACGGAGCCGAUUAUCAAUAAGGACAUGAGUCUGACUGAUAACUUUGCUUCCGAGAAUCUCUUCCCUAGUAGUCCACUUCCUCUUCGUCACGACGUUGGUCUUCCAGAUUUGUGGGAAGACAAAAGCACUUCUGCGACUCAAACGAGUCCCGAGAAAAAUAUCUUCGUCGAUUUGAACAACACGAUAACGAGAUCUGGUCUUCAGACCUUUUGCGAGGAAGAGAAUUCGAAUUCGGUUAACGAAUAUCCAUUUUCCGGGGCGAAUAAAAUUACUCGAGCGGAUCCAAUGUUAACUGAUGAAUACACAGACAGAUUUAGCAGUAUAGAGACUCAAACUGAGCAAGCUUACUGCCGAUCAUUGUUCGAUUCCGAUUCUUUGUCUAGGACCUUCACUCUGAAUUCGAAUAACGAAACCCAGACGACGCAAAGUUUUAUUAAUAUGGAACCUCUUCAAGUUUAUAAUAAUUCUUGUACACAGACUUGCGAUGAAAUCCUGCCUUCAGAUUUGGGUUUGUCCAAUAUUCAAACGCAGACUGCCUGGUCGCAUUUUGUGGACACGACUGUUUCGACGGAAACUCAAACGAGGGAUUUUACAUGCGAACCUGGCUGCGAGGACUCGAAUCACGAUUGUAGAUCGUGGCUGAGCAUUCAGACGAAUCAUAUGGAGACUCAGACUGACCUACUUUCUAUGUUAGAAGAUUUAGUUUAGCAGAGCGAUUUUUUCGUAGGAAAAACGAAAUUCUGAGACUCGAACCGAGGAGUGCAUUUUUAAAUUAAAGGUAAAGGCUGGAUAGCUUUAUUAUUGUAAAUAAGUAUGAUAGUUUUCUAUUUAGGACUAGUUCAAAUUCAUGAAUUUUAUGUACCUCUCGGCUCGAAAACUUAUUUUAUGUGAUUCUCGAAUUAAGUAGGCACGAAAUUGCCUACGCAAUACUCGUUUAAUUAGUCAUUAUAUUUUUCUUCCAGGAUAAGAAAGAUUCGUUAGUUUAGUUACUUUUAAACUACAGUCCGAUAUUUUUUAAUAUGUUUCCCAUUGAAGGGUCGCUUUCAUUCCAGAUUUUGUUGAUUCAGAAUGCUUUUUUUUGUAUAUUUUAUUGAUUUUUAUUACUCGGUACUGUUCUUUAAUCCGGUGCUAUUUAUAAAAUAAUUAAUCCACGGUAUGGUUGAAGUAAGUAUAAAUUCAAGUUGAAUCUUAAUACGAUUUUUGAUUAAUGAUGGGUGCUCUUUUUUGCAAAAAAUCGAGUUUCAUAUAUAAUUAACAUGAAAUUUAAACAGUUUCCUAAAAAUAUAAUAUGGUGAAUUUUGCCUAAACAUUUUGUUCACUGUAUUUUUUAUUUAUUAUGAUUCUGUGACAUCUCAUGAAUAUUUGAAGACGAAAAUUUAAAUAAUCCGUCGGUUAGUUUUUGAACAAAGUCGAUUUUUUAUGUUGUAAGAAAAAUAUUUGCAAUUCGAAUGAAUUAACUCCGGAAAUUGACUGUUUAAAAAAAAGUCCGAUCGAUUAUUUUUAUUCUUAUCUUAAAAUAUUUUUGGGAUGGCCAUAAAAAAUUAAAAAU